ACUCAACCUCAAAGGCGCCAUGAAACAUCCCGAGCUGUCUUUCCCUUUUCCAUAUUUUUCUUCUUAUUCACAUUAGGUGCAAUUCAUAUCCUACGAGCUCUAUUCAUUUGUACAUUUCAUCAUCUACUUGUCCUAGCUUGGGCAAUCUAUAAUUUAUCACUUUGCAUCAAUUGGAGUAUUGGAUUUGCACAUUUGUUACUUAAUAUUCUUAUAUUGUUACGUGUUUUGUUGUUACUUACCUACCACUAAUUGAGCGCUCUCCUCAUUCACAUCCCUUAGCGCUAAAUCACAAGACCGAAGGCUUUGAUAUUCUUAUAGAAGUUCUGAGAAUUAUAGCUUUCUUAAUGACCAAAUUCGUAACUGGGUUCCGUCAACAAUUCAGCCUUCAUUGUGGCGAAGCUUGGGUUUUUGGAGGACAAGCAAGCAUCACACCAGCAAACUAGGAUUUUGGCCAACUUCAAAAUUUCCCAAAUAGGAAAUCUUGACUAUUCUGUGCUGCAUGCCUAGCCUUGUUGAUAACAUGGAACAUGCUGCUUUCCAGGGUGGUCAGCAAACACGACUUCGACAACUUGGCGAGGAAUGGGGUCUCGUCUCCCAACCUCCAUCAUCGCCCUCGCCAAGACCAGAUGUAGCACCAUCGUACCGUGUAGAAAAUGACGAGUUUACCGCGGAAGAACUUCUCAAGAGGCAGCGUAUUGCCGAGUCUCAGGGGCAGCAGACGAAAGGCGGCCUUUCUCGUGCCUUCACAACCAAAAAGAAGACAUGGGAGUAUCGCGAGAUAUAUAAUGCUCUUGUAGCUCAUAUCCAAAACCAGGGGUCGCCGGGAGUUGCGGAAUGUUUGAUAAAUAAAUUGAAUCUGGUUGGAGGCAACCUCAAUUUAGCCCAGAAGAGUCGUACCGGGCUACUUAGCAGAAGGAAAAGUCUCGACCUAGCCGAACGAAGUCAGGUUUUACAGAUUGCUGUGAGGAAUGGGCACUAUGAAAUGGUGGAGGUCCUCUUGCCAUAUGCUGACGCUUUGAGUCUGGAUACGGCAUUGCCGACCGCAAUGCGGAACGGAAACGUGUCCAUCACAAGACUACUCCUGAGGUACGGCGCAGAUGCAUCACAAACGGCCGAUGGACAGGAUGCCUUUCGACAGCUUUGCGCUGUAGGUGGUCAACCAGAGCUCAUAGCGCUUAUCGUCGGUUCCGAGGGGCGACCUUCUGUAACCUGGAUCUCGCAAUCCAUGGUUGAGGCAGCAAGAGCUGGGUGUCUGAGUACCGUCGGGCACCUAAGCCAGUCAACUGCGGACGGAAAUCAUGAUGGCGCCGCGGCACUGAAAGCCGCUGUUGCCCUGGGCCGGAGAGACAUCGCUCUUGCUAUCAUCCUCGGCAACAAGCCACCUACUCAGCCUGGCUUGAAUGAGGCAUUCGACCAACUCAUGACCCAUCCAAACAUUAACCCAAACGAGAAAAUAGCGAUGGCGGAAAUUCUGCUAUGUGCCGGAGCCAAUGGCGAUUCGCUCGCAAAGGCUUUACUUCAGGCUACUGCUACUUACUUCCUCGAGAUGGUGCACCUUCUCGUCUCCUUUGGAGCAUCGAUUGAGUAUCAGGAUGCCAUGGCCAUGCGUAAAGCGGUAUCGAAAGGAAAAAUUGAUCUGGUACAAGUCAUGCUAGGUGGGAAGUCCAAGUUUAGCCCUCAGUAUGCAUCUGAGUGCGUAGAGCUUCUGCCGAAGAAGAUGAGAUUCGAGGAGAGACAUUCAUUCCUAAAUUUGCUGCUUCGUAAAGGUGCAUCGGGCCCCCCUUUAGAUGAGGCUCUAGUCGAUGCUGUCGAGGCCGGUGAUAUAGAGGCAGUAAAGCUGCUUCUCACCCCAUUGUUCCCUGGCGGGAAAAUUGUUGGAAGCAAAGAUAUCCGAAAGGGGCCACGAAGUAUGGUGUUCGAACGACAUGAGACCGCGUCAACGGACCACAAAGGCGCAUUAGCGUUGCAAAUAGCAGUGAAGAAGGGGGACACAGGCAUUGCAGACUUGAUUCUAACAAGCAGGCCACCCAAUCCAGUCGCGCUCGCUCAAAUUUUCCCUAGCGUAAGAAAUCUCCCAAGUACUGAACGAUAUCAAAUCGCCGAAUUAUUCCUGAGAGCUGGACUUACGGGCCCUUCUGUUCACUCUGCCUUGGAAAACGCCAUCGAUGAACAGCCACCGCAUCGUGACGAAAAACUUAUAUCCCUCUUUCUUCGUUAUAAUGCAGAUGUAAAUUUUAACGAAGGCCACACUAUCACCGCAGCCAUCGCACAGAAAGAUGUCCGGCUUCUGGAAAGAUUGCUUAAGAGCAAACCCACGAUUCAGGUAGCAGCCAAGGCAAUCCCCAAGGUGAUGGAGGUUCAGGAUGGUUCAAUACGGCUUCAAAUGGUAAACAUGUUACUUUCAGCCGGUGCCUCCCAGGGUGGCUCUGAAGUAUCAGCAGCAGUCGAAGCAGUAGUGCAGGCCAAUCCACCGGAUAAACGACUACUUAAAACAUUAUUACAACAAGGCAAUGCCGAUGUCAACGUCAAUGGAGGGGCUGCUGUAGAACAUGCUGUGCUUCAAUCCGACUCAGAAAUUUUAGAGAUGAUUCUAAGUUUAGGGCAACCCAACGCUGAAAGCCUUGAUCGAGGAUUGGCAAGCGUCGGGAAACUUCCGGCAUCUCCAACCAAAACCGGGAAACUAGAUUCGUUAUUACGUCGAACACGGUCAAAAGACAUCGUCACAAAACUUCUCAUAGACGAGGUUAUAUGCAUCUUGAAGACACCUCCCCAAAAUCAAAAUCUUUCGUCGCUAAAAGUCCUGUUGGCAAACGGCGCUGAUAUCAACGCUAUGAAUGCCGAGGCAUUAUGUAGAGCAGUCGCGGCAGCAAACAUGCAAUUAGUUGAGGUUUUGCUGACGGCUAAUCCAACUCCCGCCUCCAUGGCCUUCACCAUGCCUCACGCUCUCCGUAUUCGCGAUUUAAUGGAUCGACUCACAUUCGCGCGAAAAAUCUUGGAAGGGGGUAUACCGGAGAGAGAAGUGAAUAGGGCUCUUGUCUUUGCGAUUAGUACCUACCCCGACGACAUACCUCUUAUCAACAUUCUCUUAGCUCGUGCUGAUACUCGAGAUGGUCUUGCCUUGCUCGAGGCUAUCAAGAAAGAGCAACAGGAUGUUGUGGAGCUCAUACUAGGAAAGAAAACAUUUCCAGUAGAGAUUCUCAACACUGGCUUUGCUGAGGCGACGAGGGGCAAAAACAAAAGAUCGAGAAGUAUGUCGUCGAUGAGUCUGUUGAAGGCUGGCGCAUCAGGAGACGUUGUGUCAGAUGCACUCCUAGCAGCGGCUACUGAUGGCGAUGUGGACUUUGGUACGAUUUUAGUUCAGAACGGUGGCUGUGUGGAUCACAAGGACGGUCAAGCUAUCAUAGAGUCUUGUAAGUCGGGUGCCGUCGAUAUCUUAGCAAUGCUGCUAGCGGGAAAUUUGAAGGUUGCUCAGACAACGUUGCAAAGAGGAUUCCAAGCCGCUACACAAAUCGGAGACUUAAAGAGGAGGGCAGAGAUUUUCAAGCUAUUGCUCCAAAUGGGCGUUGCUGGCGAAGAAGUUGAUGCCCAGCUUGUGUCAGCCGUUAGGUACGGCGACAAUGGGAAGAGCAUCGUCGAAUUACUGCUGGUAUACGGAGCAAGCCCUGACUAUAAUGAGGGAGAAGCCGUUGUGAAAGCUGCCCAAAGUGCAUUCUUGGGCAAUCUCGAGAUGCUAUUAGGGGUCAUGGAUGUUGGUGGGCGUCAAAAACGGCCAUCUUCUCAUACGUUAGUCCGCGCCAUGGAUGCAUGUUGGGACCUCAAGAGAGACACUAGAUUUACUGUUAUUUCUUGGAUAUUCCAGGCUGGAAAGCCUGUUCUAAGCGCUGUCAACUCAUUCCUCCUUCGUGCGGUCAAUGAAGAAGAUCCCGAAGAAAGAUUCAUCGAACUUCUCGUUAAGAACCGAGCAUCGCCUACAUCAAACGGCUGUCGUCCCUUAAUUGAUGCAACUCGAACUCUAUCAGUCUCUGCAUUUACCAAGCUUCUGGAUUUUGAAAUCAGCUCCGCGGAUGCGACAACAGUGUUUUGUAACGCGUUCAUAUCGGAUAAUGUUUCCUCUUGGUUGUCUGAUAGAGGAUACCAAAUCGCCCAAUGUCUUCUUGAAAAGGGCGCCACCGGUGAUGGUGUAGGAUCUGCCUUCGCCGUAGUCCUCGGUCUAUAUAUGGAGGCACACGGGGAAUUAGCUAACAAAUUCGUUGACUUACUUCUAAGCCAUGGCGCAGACAUCAACUACAACCACGGAGAGGCAUUGCAAAAUGCAGCUGCCCAAGGUGACCCCGACUUGCUGCGAAGGCUCUUACGUGAGAAUCCUGACUCGCAGGCACUAACAUAUGCGUUUCCUCGAAUCUUUGACGCGACAGCAUCAGAAGACGACAUACAUGACCUGAUAGCAUUAUUCAUAGAAUAUAACCACGGGGAAAGCCACAUGGAUGUUGCAUUCACCCAAGCAGGUUCAGAGCCCGUCCUCAUCAGAGCAUUGAAUCAGUUUCCGAGAUCAACAAAGGUCCUGAGCGCGCUGCUAGAUGCAGGCUUCUACCAUGACCAAAUAACGAAUCAUAGAGCUACGCCGGAGGCCGAGGAAGAAGAGCCCGUGACGUUACUUAUGUGGUCUCUCCUACAACCUCAGAAAAAGGUUAGCAGCAAUGUUAUCAACCUAUUGAUUGAAAGGGGUGCCAAGGUCAAUUACGAGACACCCAUCUCCCGUGUCACUCCCGUGAUGCUUGCCAUUGAAGCUCGCCGCCACGACAUUGUCAAAUCCCUCCUAUUAGCAGACGCCGAGGUUGACGUAACAGAUGCUAUUGGAAGAUCCCCACUAUCCAUGGCAUCUGCCAUUGGCGGUGACCUAGCAAUUUCAAUGAUGUCAAACUUAUUGGCUGCUGGCGCCUCAAGGAAUGAUGGGUCUCUUCAUAAUGCGGCACGCGAGCUGAAUCUACAAGCCAUGCAGGUUUUGGUCGAGUAUAGACACGACCCUGAUUUCCCAAGCCCGUUGCACGGUGGGCGUAGUGCACUCGGCGAGUUAUGUCUACACUCGACUGAUUCAAUUGAAAUGACUCCACGUCGGGAAAAGGCGAUGGAGAAGGCAAUCAAUUUCCUUCUUCAAAGCGACUCCGACAUCACUCUUCAAUCGGAAGGGAAGUCUGCACUUCUUCUAGCUUUCGAGUCGAGCGAUCCGUUGACUACGACGAAAGUCUUGCUCCGCGCUGAUAUGUGGAAAUUCAUAAACAAGCCCUUCAACUACUACACGGACGGCAAAUUCACAUAUUCGCCUACGAUGUAUGUUCAGCGCGUAAUGCCGGAAUUUGACCACAAGCCACAACUAUUGGCAUUACUACGGGCGAAUCGGGGCACCGAUGUUUAUUACGCAAACACUGGGCCGCAGCCAGAAGACGCCAUUAAUAUGCCGACACAUAUCCAAGUCGAAGAACAGGAGCGCAAAGCGCGCCUAACGCGAAUUCAAAAGGACGACCAGGAACACAUUCUCUCCAUACAGCGAAACAAGGAACUUGCAAGUGUACAGGCGCAAAUUUGGGCCAAUCAAGCAGAGCUUGAGGAUGCCCGCAAGAAGAGGGCACACAAUGCAGAUCUAACCGCGAUGCAAGAGCGAGCACGAGUAGAAGAAGACCUCUUCAAUGCGGCGAUGCGACUUCAGCGCACGCGGCACAGUGUCGAGGUCAAGCACCAAGAAGCGCUCACACACGCAAGCCUCACACGCACUCAAGCUAUCGCGGACGCGGAGCUCAAUGUCGAGUCGCAAAAGCGGUCGCGCCUCCUCCAGUGGGAGCGUGAGAUGGGCAACGAGCGCGUGGGAAAUGCCAACCAGCUCAGCAGCAUCCGCCUCCGCGAGAGGGAAGAUCUUGAGGUCCUCGACAAGGCGGCGGACGCUCGGCUCAAGACUAGGAUCCUGGAGCAGAAGAAACUCGUCGAUAGCCAGAGCGCGCUCGCGGCGAAUAUUGCCGGCGCCGGGCCAGCUGCCAGGAGGCAGAUUGGAUUUGUUAGCGGGGAGCUGGGCCCUGAUUAAUUGGAUCUAUUUGGAUUUGGCUUCUUGAUAGUUUAAUACCUCCGUCGCGAUUUUUCUUUGGUAGCAUUGGUGAGGGUUUAGGAUGUUGGAGUUGACCAGGAAUACGUUGCUAUAUUUUGGUACCUAACUAAACUUUGGAGUAGCACUUUGGUGAUGGUACAAGUCGUAUUGGACGACGUAAUUUGGAAUAUCGCAAGGAAAUAUGCUAUAUUAGUGCCUUCUCAUUGCCAAACUCUUUAAAAUGCCUAGACAUCCCUUUACUACGCUCUAGUCUCAUUAUGUAAUCUACAUACUUAUCCCCCCUAUUCUGUAGCAUAGCACAGUAGUAGCCCUCAUCAUCACUGUGAAUAUACAACAUCAUACCU